AUGGAUCGCGACGACGCCUCCAUCUCUUCUGCGACUGCUGGUCCAACGAGCGCGGUCGCAGCCGCAGCUGCAGUCGCAGUCGCCGCCAACACGACCACGACCACGGCUACGGCCACGGCUUCGCCAGCUGCUUUCGCGACCAUAGGGACGAUCGCACCGACAGCGCUGUCGCGAUCCGUCUCGCAGCAAUCGACCACGUCCAGCCGCAGCCACCGGUCACGACGAACGGCCAGCCAACGAGGCAGCAGUCGCGUGCGCAUGGGACUGCCUGGACUGCCAUCAGGCCUCGCCGGCUCGACGACGUCCAGCGGCAGCGCCAGCGUGACCUCGGACGACAACAAGUCGCUGACCUCCUUUCCCUCCUUCUCGCCCGAACUGCCUCCUUUUCCCCUGUCUUCGGCCAGCCGACAACGACAUCUCGCCGGCGUCGCCUCCUCCAACACUUCCAUCGUCGACAGCCUGCUGAGCAGCGGCCUGCCACCACCGCCAAUGGUGUCGGCUUCUGCACCGACCAUCAGCUCCAUCGCCUUUGCCUCCGCCUCAGGCUCCUCCUCCCACUCCUCGUCCUCUCUUGCCGCUGCCCGCAGCGCCCUCUUCGAUGACACGCCACCUUUCCAGAGCAGUCGGGUGCUUCCGGGAUCGCUACACCUGACCGACGACGCCCACCUCGCCCGGCUGAUCGGCAAGCACGGAGCUGUGGCCCUGGUCCGACAGCUGGCCGAGGACCUGGCGGCGCGUGAUGCACAGGUGACGACGCUGCGAGCGCGGGCCGCUGACCGCGAACGAUUCUUGCGCAAGCUGUUGCAGGAGUGUGCUGGCCUGUCAAGUCUCGAGGUGGAAACGCGCUUUCGCACCAUGGAGCAGGAACAAGAAGCACGACUGCUGAGCCAGGCUGCUGCUGCUGGUGCUGAUACCCAACACACAUCCAGACCUGCUUCCCUGGCUUCACAUCGUGUGUCUGACCUGGUUAGCGACGCCAUGGCCGACGAUAACAGCCUGGGGCUCUAUCAAGCUAGGGCUGGCCGCAGCGAUGACGACUGCUUUGACCCCUUUGCGCCCUACGGCAUGGCAACGAUCCGGGCUACCAGCAGAAGUACCAGCGCAAGCCGAGCCACGACCACGUCGGCACCCAAUACCGGCACGACCAAGGGUUGGAAGGACUACCUCUGGGGUGGCGGGACCACCAAGAAGUCCAGCCAGGCCGGCAGCGUCAAUGGAGACAACGCGUCUAUUUCGUCGCAACAGCAACAACAGCAAACCGGCCAGUCGACCGUGGUGCGAGCCCGUUUGCCAACCGGCAGUGAUCGCCGCACUGUCCUUGCCGACGACGUGUUCCGGCCGCCGCUGUCCAUCACAACUGAGGGUGAGGGUGAAGCGGUCGGGAAUGCGCCGCCACGGAAACCGUCUCUGGCAAGCAUGGCUCUGCGGCUGGUCGGCGCCGGUGGCAACAGCAAUAAAACGACCACAGAGGCGCCAUCGACAGUCCGCUCACCUGUCCGCUCGUCUCGUGCAGCCACACUGCAAGGCGGCGGGGCGUCCUCCAAAGCUGGCCCUCGGUCAUUGACGACGAUGCGGCGGACAGCAUCGGCGCUGUCGGUGCGUGGUGGCGUGUCGACGCCCCAGCACAUUCCCGGAGCUCGCGGUGGUGGCGGCAAUAGCAACGGUGGUUCCGGGGCCAAUCGCAGCCAAGUGGCGGAGCGUUGGGGCGAGAUGAAUGAAGCAAGUCCCGGUGGCACUGGCACUAACGGAUUCGCACGACCGGAGACGUACGGACCCGUGGAGAUGGACACAAUUCUGCCGUUGGAAGUGCAGCCGCCGACGUUGACGCACAUGUACCACCGCUAUAAUAGCGAGGGGUAUCUGAUCGACCGCUUCGGCUUCAUCUAUGAUCAGCGCCGCAAGCGGCGCCAGCGUGAGGCUGCCCAGAUGGCCCGCCACAUGAAGCGGCGCAGUCGACACUCAGAGACGCUCAGCAUGGGCCGCUCGGGGCGGUCAACGCCGGCUUCGCUACGGCUGCAUGGCGAGGACGAUGUGGACGACGAGGACGAGGACGAUGAUUACGUCAGCAAAAAGAACGUGAAUAUUGCCGAUGUGGUGGAGUCCGGAGUCGAUGGCGGUGUUGACGAGAGCGGGCGAUCGAACAGUCCGACAACCGUUCUGGACGAGGCACUCCUGCGCGAUGGAGCCGACGACAAGGACGGCAAAAGCGGCAGAGAAGUGCCGGCGAAGCGGUGGCAGGACUACCUAAAGAUUGCCACGUUCCCGACGGAGCUGCUGUCCCACACUCCAGCCAUGAGCGACACGCAUGUGGAGGUGAUCACGGACGACGACGACGACGACAGGGCCAGCGGAACCAACAUAAGCGAGCUGGGGCCCAAGUCACCACGGCUGAUGACAGCCGACGGUAGAGGGUUUGCGCCGUCAACGACGACGACGACGACGGCGACGACGAUCACUGGAGGCGACAGCGACUCAACAGUGUCGGAAGCAAACCAGACCACAGCAGUAUCUGGACAGAUGUUGACGGUACCGACGACAGCUGAGCAGCAGCAGCAACAACGACGACAACAGCAGGAAGAGAGCGACAGAAAGGCGGCGACCCUGGUGAAGGAGGACGUGGAGCCAGUGCGGUUGCUGCUCCAACAACUGAGCGAGCUACACGACGCGCUGCAAAAAGAGCGGACGUUGCGGUGGAACGAGUUCAUGCGCAAGGUGCGAGCCGAGCGACGACGAGAGAGCGAAGCAGCAGCAGCAACGGCAGCAGCGGUGGCAGAGUCGCGGUUCCUGCGGCCAACAGCAGUGAUGCCAGAGACGCGGCUGGCCGACGGCGAGAUCGUGGGGGUGGCUGGCCUAGGCAACAAAGGAAAGCUGGGACGGGCCAAGUGGAAUGAGUUCCGGGCGCUGGUGCUGGGGGGAAUUCCGGUGGCACUGCGGGCGAAGAUCUGGGCCGAGUGCACGGGAGCGACGAGCUUGCGGGUGCCGGGAGAGUAUGAGGCGCUGGAGCCGGGCGAAGACGAGGCCGGAGUGGACGGCGACAUUUUGGUGCAGAUUCAGGCGGACAUCCACCGAACGCUGACGGACAACAUCUUCUUCCGGACGGGGCCGGGAGCAACGAAGCUGCGGGCAGUGCUGCUGGCGUAUGCACGGCGCAACCCAGAGGUGGGCUACUGUCAGGGCAUGAACCUGAUUGCGGCGAACCUGCUGCUGGUGACGCCAUCAGCAGCGGAUGCCUUUUGGCUGCUGGCGAGCAUUGUCGAGACGAUCCUGCCGGCAGGCUACUAUGACCACUCGCUGGCGGCCAGCCGGGCGGACCAGCAGGUGCUGCGGGGGUUCGUGGCCGAGGUGUUGCCGCGGCUGUCGGCGCACCUGGACGCGCUGUCGAUCGAUCUCGAGACCAUGACGUUUCCUUGGUUCCUCAGCGUCUUUACCGACUGCCUCAGUGCGGAGGCCCUCUUCCGGGUCUGGGACGUGGUCUUUUGUCUCGGCGAUGGCAGCGCUUUCCUGUUCAGCGUCGCGCUCGCCCUGCUCAAGCUCAACGAGGCCGCCCUGCUGCGCUGCGACACGCCCGCGGCCGUGUAUACGUACAUCAACCACCAGAUGACGAACCAUGCGAUCAGCAUCGACGGGCUCGUCCAGGCGUCCGAGGCCCUGCGCCGCCUCGUCCGCCGCGACGACGUCGACGUCCGCCGCGCCCGCGCCAUGGCCGCUGACCGCGUCCUCGUCGCCGAGCGUGCCGCUGCUCUCGAGGCCGUCCAGGCUGCUCGACGUGCGCGUGCUGCCGCUGUCGAGGCGAGAGAGAACGUGCUGGAGGAAAUUGCCGACGGGAUGGAGACAGCCGGCGUGGACUCGUGA